UGAAAGAGAUAUUUUGCUAUCCUUCCCGCGCCUCAAAGUUACAUCUUUUUUUUUUGUCUCCCCAUCCAACUCCAACUUGGUGUUUGUUUGUUCGCGGAACACACUCUCUUCCGUUUGUUUUUGGUCCGUUUUCCUUAUCGUGGCAGGGCCUUCGUUUCCGUCCAUCACUUCUCAUUUGCUCCCGCAACUGCAAAUUUACGAUCUGUGAUCGCUCAUUCCCUCCUUCCAAGCCCUUCCGGUUCGAAACCCAGGGUCGCCAUCUCCUUGUGUGAUCUCACUCCCUUGAUAUCGACUUACCAACCCUCGACGGUCAGGCGCCCUUUUUCGAGGUCGGCCCUUCCCAUUUUCGAAACAACAACAACAUACACGGCUCUUUAUCGUCUCUCCCUUAUAGGUUGAUCCUGCUGCUGCUUCAGACCCGAGGUCGCCCUGAUUUUUUUUCCUUCUUUUUCUUCUCGCUUUGGAUUUCCCUUGGUAUCACCGAAUCGUCUCGAGUCCGACCCUUACAAAGACGGCCCAUAUCCCAAACGCCCCGAGUCAACGACGAACGACUCGAAUCUCAGUCCUAUCUUUCUUCCGCUCAAACUACCUACCUUUUACCUCCUACUCGGGUAGUACUGUCCACCAAAAAAAAAACCCCCCAGCCAAAAUGCUCGUCAACACUGUCCUCGCCGCGGUCCUCCUUGCCGCCACUGGCGCCCACGCCCGGGUCAUGCCCUUCCACCACCCCAACGUGGCGGUUCCGCAGCAGCACUUUGAGGUGCUCAACAUGCGCCAAGCGUCGCGCAUCAACCCCAGGGCCGUUUCCGACGUCAAGUGCACCGACGCCAACGUCCGCAUCGUCUUCCACGACCAAAACGUGGCCGAGCUGGCCAUCUGCGGCGGCAUCGCCGGCUCCGUCACAAAGUGCGAGGGCAGCCCCUCGUCGACGACGGGCCAGUCCGGGUCGGCAAAGUUCUCACUGACACCCGUCGAGGAGGGCGCCACCAUCAACAUCUCAAAGGGCCGCUGGGAGGAGUGCGUCCGCGCCGCCCGCGGCGUCUGCCCCACGGGUUCCAUGACGGGCGUCUGCUCGGGCGGCGCCUCGAGGGGCGACGUCGCCUUCACGCUCGCCAACCCCUAAGCAAGGAGCUUGCAUGCCGCGCAUUAUCAAACAAGAGAGGGGGAUGUUUCGCGCAACAUUCUAUCUUUGGCAUGUGUGGGUGUGAGGGUUGUGUAUUUCUCAUCUUUUCUCCUUCUUGGUUGGCAAUUUAUCAUGACAUGGCGUUGGCUUUUUUUGGGGGGGCAAGGGGCUAGAUGGCAUAUGGGGCAAUCAUUCAAAGUUUUUCGUUUCUGUUUUUAACCCGUCUUUCUUGGGAGGAGAAACCGCCAACCUUUUUUCAAGAGUUUUGGACGGGGGCUUGAGGGGCUUGUCAUUUGCGACGUGGGAUGGAUUUUGGAGCAGAUGGACGGACGAGGAUCCAGCAAGGAUUUCCAAAGAAGCACCAAAGUGUGUGAACCUUUUGUACAACACCAUACCUUCUGUUAUAAGCAGUGUAUAUAGUUCUUCGAGACAACCAAGGGCCAAAGUAGCCGUGUAUAUACAAUUCUAGAUUCUUCAAAAUCAGCCCGAAAUUGGAGGGGUAUGUUUGGAC